AUGGACUUCGAAUACUCUCCCCACCGUUCAGCUGGAGGAACCCUUCACAUGCUCUCGCCGACACAUCCUCAAUACUCUAUCGACGCGUUUCCAUCCAUCAAGCAGAUUCGUCGCUCCCUAUCGCGUUCUCCUUCGAAGCCGUCGCGUUACCAUCUUGUCUCCAGGUCUCCAAAGAAGUCUCCUCCACGCUCUGGUCUGUCGCGUGCAUUAAGUGCAAACACUGGUGCCGAUUCUUCUCUCAAAAACAAGUUAUUGCUACGACGAAACGCGCCAGUUCGCGCCAAUGCGCGCAAGGAAACGCCGCACACUUUGAGACGCGCUUUGAGUGACGCCAGCAGCCAAGCAAACACUGUAACCAUGGAACUUACUCAACAACCUACUCCUGGCGACCAGGAAAAUUCAUAUCUGACUUCUCCCACCUCGAGGCACUUGGAGGUGCCGCGCGAUGCCCGCUUUGAGGUUGAUGAUGAACCCAUCAAAUUCGACUUUCUCAAAGGUCGCAACAGCCUAUCGCUAGCUUUGAAUGGAACCCCGGCGAAAUCAAGUCCUCUCAAGCGCAGCGAUGGUGUAAUGAACCUAGAUCAGGUCAAUCUUGGUAGUCCCAGAGCUAAGCGACGAAGCUUGCACAGCGCUUCUCUCGGAGUCGAUUUUGAUGUCUUUGAGCAAGCCUUCGAGACUGCCAACAAUGGCUUCAGUGACGAUGAGCCUACGCCCGUGUCUCCUGUGCGUCAAAGAUCUCCUCAGCGUAACAAGCCUUUCAGCCUCAGAAGGACUACUCUCCAGCAACGAGCUGUUGGUGCACCUCGCCCCAGACCUUACUCAGAUUUGAGCGAGUCUCCAAGCGGUCAUUCCAAGGCACGCGCCAGAAUGUCACUCGAUGGCUCGUUACCUCUCCGUGGCCUUGAGCCCUCGAUUCAUCUUCCACCGCCUGAGCAAAAGGCCGUUUCUCGAUCAGCACCUAAACCCCACCCCCUCUCCAAAGCACUGAGUCCUUCAUCAUCGGCAUCAAGUCUCGGUGAGGAUACGCCACGCUUAUCGCCCAAGAAGCCACAAUUUUCCAAACCUUACCCCGGCUUUUCCAAGAGUUUGCCAAUUGGUGCGCUCAGACCAAAGCCGCACACCGACUCGAGUGGCUCGAGCGAUUCGUUUGAGACACCGGAAGCCUUCAAGAUGGCAAAGCCAUUGCCACAGGCUUUCAUGUCGACCGGCCUGAUCUCUAAGCGUAAUCGAAAUGUCGACCUUCCUCAGUCUUCAUUCGGUAGCAGCAUGAACAUGCCCGAUACACCUUCGAAGAAGACCGUUUUACCUCAUCUCGGUGGUGGUACUCCAGCUCCAGCAACCAACUUCGGCAAGUUCUCUCGCCCAUUACACGAGUUUGGAUCGCCAACGACCCCAUGGAGUCCGCACCCUGCCCAAGCAUCUCCUGAGUCAUUUGGCAAAGGAGUGAACAUCUUCGGUCUUGGUUGCUCUUCUGGCAAAUCAAACCGACGCAGCAGCUUCCUUAGCAUCACCGAUGAAGACUUGAACAAGUCACCCCUCGGUCAUAUGGAUGUACAAGCAAGCGGUGAUGAGAUGCCACCGACUCCCACCAAGGCCGCCUCUUCUGGUUCUACAACCAUUCGACCAACAUCAAAAGGCAAAGGAAACAGCCUGCGAAGCUCUUUGUUUGGCCGCCGAUCCCGCUCGAGUUUCACGGAUGCCAAUCUUCCACCGAAGACUCCUCAGGAGAGCUUCACCCCACCAGACCCUAGCGGUUUGUCCAUCUCUGGCGAGCAUCGUGGGCCAGCUCUGUUCAGUAUGAGCGGUCUGCAAAGCUCGAACAGCUUCCCACCUGCUACCCCUACUGGACCAAGAGACUCAGGACUCAACUUUGGUGGAAGCAUCAGACCUGGCGCCUUUGGAGCAUCGGUCUCAGGGUUCUUUGCAAACGACGUCGAUACAGCACUCACUUCUCGAUUUGAAAGUGUUCAGGCAAUUGGCAUUGGAGAAUUCUCACAGGUUUAUCGCGUCUCGAAGCCUGUCGCUGGCAGCCCAGCUGCUCGCCAUGAGUUCACACGCAAGCUUGGAAACGUCUGGGCUGUCAAGAAGUCGAAGAAGCCGUAUCUUGGUGUCAAGGACCGCGAGAACAAAAUGAGAGAAGUUCACGUUCUCCAAGCACUUCGUGGUAAUGAACACAUCCUCGAUCUCUGCGACUCGUGGGAGUCGAAGAACCACCUGUAUAUCCAGACCGAAUUCUGCGAAAACGGCAACCUCAAAGACUUCCUUACUCAGACCGGGUUCAAGGGUCGCUUGGACGACUUCCGCAUCUGGAAGAUUUUGCUCGAAAUGUCUCAGGGCGUCAAGUGCAUUCAUGAUGCUGGAUUCAUCCAUCUUGAUCUCAAGCCAGCCAACGUAUUGAUUGACUGGGAAGGAGUCUUGAAAAUUGCAGACUUUGGCAUGGCAACAACAUGGCCUGCACCGAGGCACAUCGAGGGAGAGGGUGACCGCGAAUACAUUGGUCCCGAGGUGCUCUCUGGCAAGUUCGAUAAGCCUGCCGACAUCUUCUCCUUGGGCAUGAUUAUGCUUGAGAUUGCUGGUAACAUUGUUCUUCCUGACAAUGGUCUGCACUGGCAAAGACUGCGUAGCGGUGACCUCAGCGAUGUGCCUAGCCUCACCUGGAGUUCGGAGAACAGUCUUCCUAGGUAUGAGUCUGGCGAGCCUAUGGUUGACGAUAACGAGGAGACUAUCCGAUUCGACGACGACAUGGACUUGGGUAACCAGCCUACCGUUACUGGUCACCGAAGACGGGAGCUGGCUCAACCGCCCAACUUCAUGAUUGAUCCCAACGACAGUGAGGCGCUUGACAAGGUUGUCGAGUGGAUGAUCUGCCCAUCUCCAGAACAGAGACCGGUGAUCGACGAACUCCUCAGAUGUGGUGGCGUUGAGUGGGUCGAGCAAAGAAGACGCGCAGGUGCCACAGUUUACGAAGGCAAUUGGGGACCAGCAGACGAUGUCCUCAACGCUGGUCACGACAUCGACAUGGUUGACAUCUAA